AUACAAAAAACAAACAUGACGACCUUUAAAUAUAUUUUGGCGAUAAGUUUAAUUGGCGGAUUAGCAGUUGUAAAGGCGGGCGAUAGUGAAAUAACCAAGUUUAUGAAACAUUUAGAAGUUAUACCCGAUGUCCUGGACGAGGGACCCAAACAUUUUCUAAAGAUUACCUAUGACAAUGGCAUCUUGGCAGACAAAGGCGUGGAAUUGACACCCACUCAAGUGAAAAAUGAACCAAAGGUGGAAUGGGAAGCUGAGGCCGGUACCUAUUAUACCCUACUUAUGACCGAUCCUGAUGCUCCCUCCCGCAAGGAACCUAUCAUGAGAGAAUGGCAUCAUUGGCUGGUGGGUAACAUUCCUGGUGAUCAACUUAAGAAAGGUGAAGUUUUGAGUGCCUAUGUUGGCUCUGGACCACCAAAGGAUACUGGCCUUCAUCGUUAUGUCUUCUUGUUGUUUAAACAACCCAAAAAAUUAGAAUUCGAUGAGAAACGUUUCAGCAACACUGAGGCUGCGGGACGUGAGAAAUUCUCAACCAAAAAAUUCAUUGCAAAAUAUAAUUUGGGUGCCCCAUUGGCCGGCAACUUCUAUCAGGCUCAAUAUGAUGAUUAUGUACCGAUUUUAUACAAACAAUUGGGUUUGUAAU